AUCCCACGUUACAUUUCUUCUCCAGAACCACCACCGCUCCUACUUUCCAUCCUCAUGAAUAAUAAUUCAGCUUCCGCACUCCAGGCCAGCAUUUAAUAAUCCCUUCCCCUUCAUUUCACGUGUACAUAACCCCACAAAGCAUCUCUUGUUCUUGUUUUCGUUUUUUUUUUUUUUCUCUUGGUUGGUAAUUUUAUAUAUAGGAAAACAAGCACAAGCACGUAGCCAGUAGUACUACUAUACUAAAAUGGAAGGGGUAACAGCCACUGCUUACAAGGGCGUAAAGGGUUACUGGAUGAGGAAAGGAUACGAGAAACUAGAUGGGAGCGGUAGUCGACGGAGGAAGAGAAGGGUGGUGGAGUUGGGGGCGGAAAACGGGUCAAGCCGGAGGAGGCGCUUCUGGAGGAUAAGGUUGACUCCCAGGCUGAAGCUGAAACUGAGAUUAAGAUUCUCGCCCAAGAAAUUUAUCCUGGGACUUCGGGAUGCGUACGUUAAUCUGAUGACCAAGCUGGCCAGCAGCCGGUUCGUCAACAGCGGGGUGGCCGGAUAUCCUGGGGAGGGCAUCAGCGGGUUUGGGUUGCGCCCGCUCAAAGAGUACGACGAGAAGAUGAUCGUCGAGAUCUACAAGUCUUUGGUGAUGGCUCAGGGCCACCAAUUGGUGAAUCCCGGCGUCGCAGUCGCAGUCGCACGCCGCAAAAUUCCCACUCUUCCUACGGUAACUGAAUGCUGAGAGACUACCAAUAAAUUCCAUCCCUUUAAUAAUACUCCACACACACCCCACCGAUUAGUAGCAAUUUUUGUUUGCCCACUACGCCAAUCAAUCAAUUUUACCUCUGGUAAGCUGUAGUAACUGUUACAGUCAAAUGAAUACUUUGGUCGUAAUAAAUUUAAGUCUGCUUUGUAGUUUGUAGUUUUCGUGUGAAAAUCAACGUGCCAGCCAUUUGAUUGGCACCCAAAAGGAUUAGCUUAA